AUGCACGGCAAUUGCAGCAUGCGACGCCGCGACGCCAUUAAAAGCCAGGACGGCGGUUUAUCCAAAGAAAACGAGGGAAGAAAGCAGCACGACACAUCACAUUUCACGCCUAAGAAAGAGGGCAAAAACAAACACAAGAGGGACGGCGGCCCUCCCCCGAGCUGGCCGCGGAAACGGCGGCAAAUGCCUACAACGUCGUCGUUCUAUCAAGAUCUGUUGGGUUUUCCGCGCCGCGUUCCCUUCGAGAGCUCAGAGGACUUUUUCGUGUUAACCCCUGCGGCGCAGGCAAGACCCGAAUUCGAUCAGUUUGACGUCCAAGUUCACGUCGUGGACUAUCACGACCACGGCAGCCUUGGCUAUGCGCUCCAGGGGGUCGACCUGGUCAUCUCAACAAUCUCGGGCGCCGAGCAGCUCAACCUCAUCGACGCUUCCGGGCGCGGGCGCGUCCGCAUGUUUGUGCCCUCGGAGUUCGAAGGGCCGCUCAGCCGCCGCCAGUCACGCAACGAUCCCCUGGAUCGCGGGUCGUCGCAGGCGCUGGCCUUGCUGAAGCAGUGGUCCGAAUCAUCGCGAAUGAAAUACACCGUCUUCUCGUGCGGCCUCUUCAUGGAGCGGUUUCACCCCUACGGGCUCGGCAACACGUUCAACAUUGGCCACGGCUCAGGCGUCGGCGGCGCUGGCGAGUUCCUCGUCAACUUCAGCACGGCCACGGCCGAGUAUGCGGAGCGAGACUCCAAGGGCCAUUCAGUACGGGUCUGCCUGACUUCGGUCUACGACGUGGUCCGCUUCGUCGUGGCAGCCGUCGACCUGGGGCCCUCACAUUGGCCCCAAGAGUUUACCAUGUGCGGCGACCGCAUGGCCGUCCGAGACCUCAUCAACGCUUGCAGCACCGCCUCCAAUGUGGUGUUUACGCGGCUCGUACGGCAGUACGCCGAGCUGGAGACGUACCUCAACUACUCUGCUCAGCUGUGCGACUAUAACAAGCUGGCAUACUAUCAGAGGCUGGUUGCGACGGCCAACGGGCGAUAUGAUUUUUCGCAGGCGACGCUGAACGAAGCCGUCAACGGGAGCAGCAGCGUCAACGUACAGCCAGUCACAUUCGGCGCCUGGUUAGCAAGCAUAUGGACUCAAGCAUUUUGA